CUCCUUUAUUCGCUUUCCCUAUGGUGUCUUUCAUUAACUUUUGCAACGCACGUGUUUGAUUUUUCUAAUAUGUCCCUUUACUAACGUAUCCUAAAAUAAUUAUAGCAUUUUUUCAUAUUUAUAUAUUCUAUCUAGUGACCGCGGUUUCUUAAAUCAUGUCUGAAUUAAUGGAGGUUUCUACCACAGAGUCGUCUCCUAUUGUAGCUAAUGGUGACCUUCCAAAUGGAGAGGUAGCUGAAUUUGAUAGCAAAGGAAAGUACUGCUUUCGUUGCCAAAAGGAAAUGGAUGGUCUUACUACAUAUCGACCAGAGGAAAUGACGUCAAAGGACUAUUACUUUGAUUCUUAUGCUCAUUUUGGAAUUCAUGAAGAGAUGCUGAAGGAUGAAGUGCGAACUCUGACUUACAGAAAUGCUAUGUAUCACAAUAAACACUUAUUUCGUGGUAAAGUAGUGUUAGAUAUUGGUUGUGGUACUGGCAUCUUGUGUAUGUUUGCAGCUAAAGCUGGUGCUGCUAAAGUUAUUGGGAUUGAAUGUUCAGGAAUAGUUGAACAUGCAGAAAAAAUAACUAAGGAAAACCAUUUAGAUGACAUUAUUACUAUUGUGAAAGGGAAAGUUGAAGAUGUUGAGAUUCCAGCUGAAAAGGUGGAUAUUAUCAUAUCAGAAUGGAUGGGAUAUUGUUUAUUUUAUGAAUCAAUGUUAGACACUGUUCUCUUUGCCCGUGAUAAAUGGCUGAAACCUGAUGGCAUGAUGUUUCCUGAUCGAGCUACCUUGUUCCUAUGCGCUAUUGAAGAUAGACAAUACAAAGAUGAAAAAAUCAAUUGGUGGGAUAGUGUAUACGGAUUUAAUAUGAGUUGCAUCAGAAAAGUUGCUAUUUCGGAGCCCCUGGUUGAUGUUGUGGAUCCUAAACAAGUGGUGACAAAUGUCUGCCUUUUAAAGGAAGUUGAUCUAUAUACCGUGAAAGUUACAGAUCUCAAAUUUUCUAGCCCUUUUCACUUGCAAGUAAAAAGAGAUGACUACAUUCAAGCUUUUGUGACAUUUUUUAAUGUAGAAUUCACAAAGUGCCAUAAGCGAACUGGAUUUUCAACAGCUCCUGAAGCUCCAUACACACAUUGGAAACAAACAGUAUUUUAUUUUGAUGACUAUCUCACUGUAAGGAAAGGCGAAGAAGUCUAUGGUGUUUUCAAGAUGUGUCCAAAUGAAAAGAACAAGAGAGAUCUUGAUUUCAGCAUUGAAAUUGACUUCAGAGGAGAGCUCUGUGAAUUAAAUGAAACAUUUGUGUAUAGAAUGCGUUGAAAAAGCUGCAUUUAGACACUGCCAUCUUCUGUGAAUGCAGUAAUCAAUUUUUAGAUUUUUGUAUAUUUAACUAAGACCUUGUUUUUAUUGAAAUCUGUUAAUUUUUUUCAUUUUGUGACAUGUGCAGGAGCAUAGGAACAGUGCAUAUGAAAUUUAGUAGGGUUUUCCAGUAUUUUUGCAGAUUUUUCUGUUGCUAAUGAUAGAACUGUAAAGAUUUGCUCGAAUAGCUUUUUCUGAAAGAUUCUUUAAAAAGACUUAUUUCUUUCAUGAUUGGAUCUGUACUAUAAAUUUAUUAGUUAGUAAAGGUUCAUUUUAAUGUUUCAGAGUUAAAAAAAAAAGGGAACAUAGUUACUUUAUUUAAAAUGAGACUGCAGGAAAUGUUAAAAUCAAUCAUGUGUUUGCUUACAAUAAAUUUCUUUAAAUUUUAAAUACAUAGACUGGAUUAUUCAUUAUCAGUGGUUAUAAGGCUGUUUGUCUUUAUAAUUUCACAACAUAUAUAUUUAUAUAUCUAUGUAAUGUGUCAGUGUAUGUGAAUAUGUGAUGUGUUGUGUAAAAAAAAAAACUGUUAUUGUUUAACAGUGUAAAGUAAAAUUUCAUGUAGAUCAGUCUUCUUCACCCCUUCCCCCAUCUUUAAUAAAUGAUGAUGAAAGGAGUUGCUUUGUGCAAAAUAUCAUACUAGCAAAAAUAAUUGUCUGUUUGGUUUUUCAGAAACAAAAAUCUUGCUGUGUUAAUUCAAGACUUACUGAUUGCUAUUGUAUUUAAUUUCUGUGGAAAAAAUAUCCAUUGAGUGUGAAAUAAAGAAAAUUGUGUUAAAACAAAUAAAUUAGCCUUUACAAUGUAUGAAAUAUCUAAAACAUAAUUUUCCUCUUCAGAGUUAAGUAAUUCCAAUUAUGUUUUAAAUAUUUUUGAAUGCUAUCAUUUUAAUUUUAAUUUAUUAAAAAAAAGUUCCUACUGAAGUUGAGUAAAUAAAGAUGUAAUUGCAUACUUUUAAAAUUUUCAUUAUGUGAUAUAAUGAAAAUUAUUGUUUUAUUCAUUUCCAUGUGGAAUUUUAAAAUUGCCAGAUAUUUCUCUCACCAUAUAAAACAUUGUAUAAAGCAUUUAAUACUUUAUUUGGUACAGUUUUUUUUUUUUUUUUUUUUUUUUUUUAAUUUCCUUAGGAAUAGAUAGAUAAGUAUAUUUAAGUGUACUGACUGAAGAGUUAAUAAAAUAUCCUUCAUAUAUAGAAAGAGCCAGUAUUGAGAUAAUGAUGAUAACCAAAACUUUCAUUUUCAGGUAUUUAAAGCUGAUGUUUUAACUUGCAGUGUUUUAUUUUAAAAAUUUUGUAUGUUUCUUUUUCAUAUCUCCCGUUCAUCUUUUUGUGUUACUUUAAAUUUGUGUUCUCAGUAAUUUCAUAGCCACAUUAUGUCCUGCUCUUUAAGAUAGAGCAGAGCUACAAACUGUAAAUUGACAGUGCUUAUUUAUGUAUAUUUAACUCCAUUGGUCUCUGUUUUUCUGAAUAUGAUAUGAUUAGAGUUUGAUACUGUGUCAAAUUGAUGUAAAUUUUUUUGAUAUUGUGUUAACAAGUAAAAUGUAGUUUAAUACCUAGAAAAGGAAUCGUGUGUUACGUUUUGAGUAGUUCUAUGCGCUUCUGACCAUAGCUUUUCUGUUUCCACAAACGAAAUUUAGAUAUAUUUGACUAUACGCUAUGUAGUUUUAUAAGUAAUAUAAUCCUUUCUUUUUAGAAAAAUCUUCCGAUUUUCUUAGAUUUAAAAUUUAGCAAAUAGUAUUCAAGCAGAAUAAUAUGAACACUUUUACAUAUUUUUAUCCAGGUUGCUCUAGUGGUAUUUAUUUUAUUUAUGCAGUACUGAGAAUGGGGUGUUUUAAUUUCAUAUUCAUAUGCAUUGUACAGUGAGAAUUGGCUGUAAUUUUGUUUUCUUGUUACAAACAGAUAAUUCAUUUGAUUAUUUCUUACAUCCUGGUUGUAAAUAUUUAGUAAUGAAUUUUUUUUUAAGUAGAAAUCUUCUGAAUAUGUUCAAGUUCUGUCAAAUAAAAGGCUUAAAUUGCAAUAUUUAGGAAAUUAAAAAGUAUCAUUUUAAUUAUUUGGUAUUAAAAGUAAUGUAGAGCUGUUUAUCUCAUUCUUGUUGUUGCUUCAUAUUUUUUCUCCUCUAAUUCUUCUCCAUAAAGGAUUUGAAUAAUAGAGCUUAUAAAAAGCUCCAUUAUUAAAAUCCUUUAGCUUGCUAUCAGAAUAUUUCUAUUUAUCUGACUAUAACUUUUUUAACAGAAUUCCUUUGAAAUUAUAUAAAUGCCUUUAAUAGGCAUCAUUAUGUUAAAAUUUUAAAAGUGUUUCUUGUAAUAACAUUUUGCUCUGAACUUUUAGUGAUAAUGUGCACUGUAUCUGUGUCAUACUUAUUGUCUAUACUUAUAAAAAUUCCAUACUCAUAGAAUGGUCACAGGAAUUUUAACAUACAAUAUUCUUUAAAUAAUAAAACUGCAAUUUAAAUCGUAAAAUACUGUUGUACAUAUACAAGAACUUUUGGUUUAUUCAUGUUAAACAUUCUUUUCUUUAGAAUUCAGAAGGAAACAUUUUGUGUAUAAAAGUUUUUAUCUUGAUGUUAAAUCUUUUUUAAAAAUUACUUCAAAUACUAAUAUUGUUUAAUUUUUUCCCCAUUCAUCUUUAACUUUUUGUAUGCAGUUUUCCAAUUUAUGAAUAAAUUUUUUAUUUAGCAUAAGUAUGAUGUAUGCUGUGUUGGAAAAAAGGAAAUGGUGCAAUAAGUUAAUCACAUAUGAAAAGUUAAUUUUUAAUUAUUUUAUUGAUUAUAUGGAAUUCAUUUACUUCUGAUUAAUAAUGCAAAACACAAUCAUUGGAAUAUCGUAAUUAACUAAGAAAUCAACAGUUUAUGGAAUAUUUUUUAAAUUAAGAAAAAAGUUACUAUUAUUUUGUUUUGAACUUGUUUGUAAUUCUCUAUAUACAUUCUUAUCAUUUGUCCAGCAUUAGUGAAUCUAAUUUGUAUCAGAAAAUUUCAAUAAAAAAUUUACAUUUUGGCUUUUG